GUAUAACUUUAGGCCUCACAUUCAUCUGUUUACGAAAAAAGGUAAGGAUGAAAUCUAUGCAUUCAUUCAUUUGCUGAACCCACCUAACCCCAUUGGAGGGUUGAAAUUGAUGUACAACCAAAUGUAAUGUAUAAUUGCAGACAGGUGCAGUCAUUUAACUCCUGAUAAAUCAAUGAGCAGGAGCUCUUUUUUAAAUAGGCUAUAUGUUUACACUUAUUAGAUCAGUUCUUGGAAUUCUUUUAAUUUUUAUGAUAGAAGAAGAAUAACUGAAGUUAUUAACUUUCUUAAAUAUGAAAUAAGACACAAAUUUGUUCCACUCAAUGACCCGAGAGACUUUUAUUCUGAAAGGAGUGACUGCUUGUAAGCCGCAAUAAGGAGCAGCUUUGAUUGGAAUAAAAGCAUGCAGAUGAACUUCAGCAGCGGUGCCCACUAUGGAAGUCCUGCUCACAAAGAAAACCUCCCUCCUUCCACAAAGCGGAAUUCAUUCCAGCACCAGAGAAGCAAACCGCGCACAGUUCUUGGUGUUGUGUCAGAAAAUGAGCUUCGUGGUCGAUCCUUCGGUCAGGGAAGCCAAUAUUCCAGACACAGUUCAGUCUCGGACAACUCCCAGUCCAAUCUCCUUGGCUGUUUGUCCAGCUCCGGAUGUGAUGUGUACGUAGAAGAGGCCUGUGAAGUGGUUCUUGCAGCUUCUGGUCGGGAGCUGGUUUCAGAGGAUUCUGAUUCCGAGGACAAUGCCCUGCAGAAUCAGAAUCAGUCCAUGCGGCUGCUGCUUGAGCUUAAUUCUAGUUCACGUCUGGAUGCUUCAUGUCAGUCUGAACAUGAGGAUUCCCAGUUGCCGGGGGAAACAUUCUGUGCAGAGUAUGCAGAUGAUAUCUAUCGCAACCUGAAGGAGAAAGAAAAAAAGUUCCUAGCAAGGAAAGGUUACUUGGAGAGACACACAGAGAUCACCAGUGGGAUGCGGGUCGUCCUGGUGGAUUGGCUGGUGGAGGUUUCUCAGGAGUACAUGCUGAGUUCAGAAACUCUGUACCUCGCUGUCAACUAUGUGGACCGUUUUCUGUCCUGCACAACAAACGUGAAACGGAACAAGCUGCAGCUGGUUGGAACAGCCUCAUUGCUGAUUGCUGCAAAGUACGAAGAGAUUACUCCGCCUGAGCUGAAUGAGUUUGUGUACAUCACAGACAGCACCUACUCUCAGAAACAGCUGCUUCACAUGGAGGAUCUUUUGCUCAGGGUUCUGGCUUUCAAGCUGGCAGCGCCCACUCCUCACCUGUUCCUUCGCCUUUUUCUCUCUGUUCAUUCUUCAUGUGCAAAGACGGAGAACCUUGCCUUGUAUAUAGCAGAGUUAAGCCUGUUGGAAAUGAAUCCCUUCCUGCAGUAUACUCCAUCACUGUUGGCAGCUGGAGCCUACAGUCUAGCCUGCUACACCAUACACAAAGUUCUCUGGCCCGAUGCUUUAGCUGUUUAUACUGGAUACACUGUGGCAGAAAUAAUGCCCUGCUUGACCCAUCUACACAAGCUGCAUGUCAGCGCGGAGAGCCGCCCGCAUCAGGCCAUCAGGGACAAGUUCAAAAGUCCAAAGUUUCGUUGUGUUUCAUGGAUCGCUCCACUAGAGGGUUUGCCUAUUUUAGGGACUUCACCAUAAACCUGUUCCUCCACACAACCACGCAGCAAAACUACUUCAUCCAUGCAAAGUCUGUAGAUAAUUGAUCGUCUCAAUUUUUUUUCCCCUAAUCUUGAAUGUUAUGAAUAAUAAAAUGCACUACAGCUUA